AUGCGGCACCUGCUGCAAGAUUCUGUGUCCACAGGAGUCUUGGAGGAGACCUUGGGGAAGAUCAAAACCAGACCCGGCUCUGUCAGCUCAAAGCCGUCCCCAGAGGUCUUUGGAGACCUCACAGUGGAUGCCACUAGUUAUAAAGGCAUGAUUCUCCAAAAGGCAGGUGCCUGGUCUUUGAAUGGUGAAGCCCACAAAUACGCCUUCGACAGCUCCAGCGGAUGGCUGCAAGUGGAGGGUGAACAAGUGGGGCGUUUCAUUUGCGAGCGGAUGCAAAGCUCUCCGCUGCUUUUUCCGGAGUCCUUCUCCAAGUUGAAUUCCGGCAAUCUCCCCAUCAUCUCCUCGGAGAUCAUGACCGAAAUCCACAAAGAGGCCAACCACGGAGCUUUGUUCGUGAUCCCUUCCCAGUUCAACGGAGCGGAGUAUCCGUACCACACGGACCUGGUCUUCAAAGUGGAGGACUACAAGCACGACAACAGCAGCGGCCCACGGGCACAAUUGGCUGCCCACCCAGCGGUGGCGCAGUUCUUGCUCGACAACGCGGCGAAUGCGAAACGGGAGGGCGGGAUCAAUGCGCUAGACGAGCUGCUGGAGAAGGUCUCAGGAUUUGAGCUGGUGAAUGGCUAUUUGAAGAUUCAACGGCUCAAGAGCGGGCAGGAAGAGGCCUUACGAAACUUGCAAGAUCACUUGCAUACCUUACGGCCCUUGAUUAUGGAGGACAUCCUGGUCCAGGGCCUUACCCCGGACCAACGUGGGGUGGCCGGCGGCCGCCACCGAGUAGGCUUGGUCUAUGCCUCGGCUGUACCCGUGGACUCCUACCUAAACCGGGAUGGAGAUUCCGAGUAUCAGACGAAGGUGGCCGAGCUUUUGCUAGUUGCGCAGUACUAUGGGGCCCUGAAGCAUGCAGCUACCACCGCGAAGGACAGCGGACAUGGCGGCCGGCGGAAAGUCUUCCUGAUGCCACUGGGGACAGGUGUCUUCCACAACAGCUGGGAGAUCAUUGCCAAGAGUAUGGCCAAAGCCGUCCAGAUGUUGGACGAUGAUCUCCUCGCCUCCCUGGACAUUUGCGCCCUCGCACGGCAAGGCAACCCUUCGGAAGAACUGAAGUUGCAGGAAACAUUUUACAAGCUCAACAAAUAUAUGCCUAAUGAGGAGAGUGUAGAGGCUACGAAGCGGAUGCUUCGCAGCCUGCUUGAGAAUGCUGCGGAGCCCGGGAUGGGAUGGAUCGCACAUGGCCCAAUGGACAACUUUCGCAUUCGGCCGGGGAAGCCUGGGAAGGUGUAUCAGCUUCUGGGCAGGCCACGGUGGAACGGAGGCCCUCCUGGCCCGUGUGAGGCCUUUGGACCACCGUGGGGUGCACCUUGUGGGCCGCCCUUUCCAGAUGGGCCAAUGCCAAUGCAUCCAAUGGGCCCGCCAGAUGGAGGUUGCCGACCCAUGUGGUUCGACGGGCAUGGCCCGCAUGGCCCGCCAGGCCCGCCAGGCCCAGGUGGGCCUGGGUCUUUAGGCCCUGAUCUCCAAGGUCGCCCCUGGGAUGGUCCAUGUCAUGGUCCUGGUCCCUGCGGCGCCUGCGGCCCGGGUCCAUGUGGCUGUGGCCCUGGACCGGUCGGUCCCAUGGGAUGUGGCUAUCCAGAUGGCCCCGGCCCGGUCUACAGCCACCCCGGCCCGGGAUGUGGACCUCGAGGGCCAUGCCAUGGCCCACAGGGUCCGCCAAUGCAUUUGGGCCCAGAUGGCUCUGGUUGGCGCGAAGGACCCUUCGAGCGCGGCCCGCCUGGCCCUCAUUUCGCAGCUCCAUGCCCUGGGUCUGUGCCAGUGGGGCCAGGCUUUGGGCCCGGCCGUCCGUUGGGACCACCUCUCGGUCCCCAGAUGCAUCCGCCUUGGCCAGACCAUCCGGAGUUUCAGGGACCUCCGCCGGGUGCCUUUCCGCGCUUUGGCCCUGAUGGGCAGGAGCUAGGGCUCCUGGAGCCAGGUGGUCCUCCUUCGAUGCCACCUGCAGGAAACCGACCUCCAAUGAUGCCGCACGAAGGUCUUGGCCCAAUGCCUCAACCGAUGGGUCCAGGACCGGUGUUCCUGCCGGGCAGUAUCCAUGCUCCACUGCCGGGUUCAGCGGCUCCUUCCAUGGUUCCGUCCAUGGCUCCCUCCAUGGUUCCAUCCAUGGCUCCAUCAAUGGCUCCCAGCCUCCGUGGAGUUCCUUCUGCAGGAUGUUUGCCAGGUGUGUCAUCCCCUCGCUCUGUGAUCUCAUCAGGUCCCUUACCUGUGUUGAUGCAGCCAAUGCAGAUGCAGGUCGUGAGGCACAUGCCAAGUGAGGAGCCGGAGCACGAGGCUUGCAGUCCUGAAUGGGCCGGGUUGGAUCGGACACCCGCGCGGCGGGCAGGUUUCCCGGAGAAAGCCGUAUCAGAGUACAGCACAGUGACGCCCAGUGAGGAGUGGCGGCAAAUUGAGGAAGCGGCGGCAGAAGCUGCGCAGGCUUUGCGCGCCAUUGCUGCAGAAGCGGAGGCCCGAGUGCAUGCGGAGCAUGCGACCAGUGAGGUGCUUGCCCAUCAAGUUCGGCAAGAGCAGGCGCUCGUGGUCCUGGCACGUGAGCUACAAGAGCUCAGGGGCGCCCAUCAGAUGCUUGGGCGAAGAAAGGGGAUCCAAGUCGAGGUGCCUUUUGCGGGGUUUUGCAAGGACUAG